CUCUUUCUCUUUCUCUCUCUCUCUCCCCUUAUUUAUCUCUCUCUCUCUCUGUCUCUCUUUCUCUCUCCCUCUUUCUCUGUUUCGACUUCGGUUCAGCCAUCGUCGAAGACAGUUCGCCGUGGAUACACCUCGAGGCUUUCCUCCGAUCGAUCCAUAAGAUCCGGUGAUCGAUGAGGAUAUUUCGAAGCUCGAUGAUCGCGGAACGGUGGAAAAGGUGGCCAGCAACGGAGUGAUCGUCGAGCGAGGCUCGACGUGGAAGAGGAAGAGGAGGAACGAUCAUGGGCAACGCCACCACGAAGAGCCACUACUCGAAGAGCCAGCCUCUGACCGCCACCAGGAGGCCACGUUGGGAGGGAUCAGGACUUCCGGCGCCACCGGGGAAGCCAAUUUUGAUACCAGGCGCGGACGAGUCUCAGCCGGAUGUGGUUGCGAUUCGUUGGGAGAGGUCACCGAGUAACGGUGGCUCGGCGAUCGUCGGCUACCUGGUGGAGCACCGAAGACUGGGCUCGCAGCAUUGGGCGCGCAGCACGCCGGGUCUUUGCACCUUCCCGGAACUGACCUUGAGCGGCCUCGAGCCAGGAUGGCGCUACCAAUUCAGGGUCAGGGCCCAGAACGCGGUUGGCCUGUCCCGGCCCAGCGAGAUCUCCGAUCCUUUGACCGUCACCUUGCAGAGAUCCGUUGCGUCCGCGCCCCAGUUCGACCUUGAGAUCAAGGACACCACCGUGCUCGAAAACGAGCAGGCCGAAUUUGUGGUGCGAUUUACCGGAUCACCCCUGCCAAAAAUCGCAUGGUUCAAGGAUGGUUUCGAGAUCUUCAGCAGCAGGCGGACGAGGAUCAUCACCGAGAGUGGGAAGAGCGUUCUUCUCAUUCAUCAAACCGCGCUCAACGACGAGGGAGAAAUAAAAUGUACCGCCACGAACCGAGCUGGCCACGCCAGCACCAAAGCAAGAUUAAUUCUGGAAGCACCCCCAAAGAUACGACUUCCGCGUCAAUACGAGGACGGCCUUCUCUUCGAGCAAGACGAAACGAUUAGAUUGAAGGUGUCGUUGGCUGGAAGACCUCCACCCUCUGUGAUUUGGUACCACGAUGGCGAGGUGGUCUCAAGCGACGAAAGGCACGUCUUCGAGUCGAUGGACGGUGAAUCGAUCUUGAAGAUACCCGAUGCCAAACGAAUCGACAGAGGAGAAUACGUGGUCAAAGCGAUUAAUAAGCUUGGAGAGGACACGUCGUCCUUUCUGGUGACUGUGACAGAUCGGCCUGCUGCGCCUGGAAAAGCGAAAGUCACGAUGACGUUAGGAAGAUCGGUGUCAUUGACGUGGCAAGAGCCGGAAGACGACGGUGGUUGCAAGAUUGGCACAUACAUCGUCGAGUAUUAUAGAAUCGGUUGGGACGUGUGGUUGAAGGCAACCACGAGUAGGCAAACUAAAGCAACGUUGUCCGAGCUGAUCGAAGGAUCGGAGUAUAAAUUUCGAGUGAAAGCAGAGAAUCCGUAUGGAGUGAGCGAGCCGAGCGAGGAGAGCGAUGUAAUUUUCAUUCCAGAUUUGAAAAGAGGUAUUGUGGCGCCCUUGUUGAGCGGAAAAUCGCAGAGUCAAAGAGAAAUCAGAUCGCGAGAGAAACGAGAAGUGAGUUUCGCCGUUCCAACCCAGAGAACCAGAAGUUUGACGAGAGAGGAGGCCCGAGACGACGACGUUUUUGGGCCGGCUAGUCGAUCGAUAUCGGCUCAAAGACUAACAGGAAGGCCAUCCAGAGCUGACAGCAGGGUGACUUUUGCUUUGGAUACAAUGGAUAAGUCGAAGCCACCUGUUCCACCGGCCAGAUCGAAGGAUCAUUCCAGUUCAAGGCAGGAGAAUCAGGUUGGAAAUCACGUGGAUCGUUCGGCUGUUAACACGAAUCUAUCAAACACCGAGGUUUUAAUUCAAAAUAAAGAACCUCCAUCAAUACAAAUACCACUGGCAACCGUGACAGUGACUCCACCUACAAUGGAAGAAUCCAACAAGCGUUCAGCGUUCAGAGAAUCGCGUUCGCGAUCAGUUUCCAUGUCCAGGGAGCGCAGCAUGUCGCCAUUGUCGAUGCCCAAGAUUCAGGAACAGCACGAAGAAGAAACUUUCAACUAUUCGCGUCCAUCGAUAAGUUUAACUUUGAAGAAGCAGCAAGCCGUCGUCGACGAGGUUGAAACACCGCAAGUAACAAAAAGUGACACUUUGUACGACAAAUUAGGAUUGCCUAUCUCUCCUAGAGAGGAUGAUGUCACCGUUAUGCAUGGAAGUUCGGAAUUUAUGCUGGUUUUGUACCCGGAAGAUCAAGCGAAGAAAAUGGAUGACCCAACGCGAAAAGAUUUAGAGGCAAAACGGGGUGCAACGGAGGGAGCAGAGGACAUCGAGGACCUGAUACCACCGCCUAUGUCCCUCUCCCUUCCAGAACUGUUCAGCGCGGAGCACCAAGUGGUAGAAACCCUGAGAGAGGCUGUCAGCUCCACGGAGCUGCUCCACGAGCGUGCCAUGGAACGUUUCUAUCGUGCAGUGGCGGCCGAAGAGGCAUCGGAGCUGGCCAAAAGAAAAAGCCAACUCGAGAGAAAAACCGGGGAGCUGGCGACAACGACAGCGAACAAAACAGGGACCGAAGAUAUCACCUCUCUGGACAGUCAAAGAUCUUCGUUCAAACGGCGGCUGUCCAAUCCAAACGUUCCAUCCUCGAACCUGAUCACCUGGCAGUCGAAGAAGAAUCGCAGAAGACUGAGCGACAGCCAAACGGAAACCGUAAAAGCUCCUCAGAAACUGUUGGCCCCUACUACCUUCUUAUUGGACGUGGAGGCAAGAUCUGAUCCCAAUUUACCCAGCGAUUCAGAGUCACCUAUUGCGACCCAAUGGGGAUUGGAGAAUAAACCGUUGGAGGACACGCCAUUGCGCAGGUGGCACGACACCAACGUGUCAUUGGUCGAGGAGAAGCAGGAAGAAAAAUCGAUAGCCUGGCAGGCAGCAAGCAACGAGGCAGCGCGCAUCGAGGAACCGCCUCGAGACCAAAUUCCACCGACCUCUCAACCGGGAACGAAGCGAGAAGAAAAACAGGAGGAGGAGGAGGAAGAGGAAGAGGAGAGCGUGGAAUCGUCGGAGGAAUCCUCGGAGGAGGUCAGCAGCGCCGACAGCGAGGAUUUGAAGCUUCUAAAAGCCAGAAUCCUAGCCAGACAGGUACUCGACGAGGAGGAUACCUAUCAUCCGAGGGGGAAGCCGAUUCUUCACGUCGAAACCGAGCCGUCCUCGCAACCGGCCCGAUCGAUCGUCUCUCCCAGCACCGUAGUUCCAAAAUCAAUUCUGAAGAAGCCGAAAGAGGAGCCGAUUCCUGUGAACAGUUUCGGCAGACCUGUUCCACCCGAGAAACCUAUUAGAAGAUCCUUACCUCCCAAUGUUCAUCCGUUGAAUAAGAACGAGGAGGAGGAGGAAAAGAAGGAGGAGGGAGAGAACGAGGAGAGACAGGUCACACCCGAGCCUGCCAGGGUGCCUGUCAUGUCCGAGUCAGACACCGACAGCGUGUUAUCCGCGGGCGAAGCGGCGAAGAAUCGAAGAAUUCAGGCGAAGAUGAGAACAGCGACGCCGGAGGAGGAGGUGGACGAGGAGGACAUCGAGGCGAGGAUGGCGGUCGUCAAUCACUAUACCGAGAUAGUGAGGGAGCACUCCUCCCUCUCUCGUUAUCAGAAUUACCACAGAAGCUCAGAGGAGAGGAGACAGUUUGGGGAGAAUUCGACUGGUUCGAGGAGGUCCUCGAUCUCGGACGAUCAGGAGGCGAGCAAUCGAGGGAGGGAUCGUUUUGAGAGGCAGAACGUUGAGGUAGAAUUGUAGAGGCAACAGGAGGAGAGGCAACAAAUGAAAGGUUCUCGAGGGACGACUCCAGCGAGAGACACGAAGGAGAAACGACCGAGCAGGCCGUCUUCCAGGAACCAGUCCCCGGUCUCGAGGUCGAGGAACGUGUCCACCGAAAGAGGAGGAGUUUCUUCGAGGUCCUCGUCGAAGAGCAGAGCUCGUGCACCGUCCCAAGACAGAAGGCCACCCUCGAGGACCGGCUCGGAAGAGCAACGAUUCGUUCGAGAGUGGUCCGUGGAGGAAGGUGGUGGUCAUCGAUCGAGGAGAUCCUCCUCGAAGACGCCUUCAAGAUCUAGUUCCAGGGACAGGAACAGAGCGGGGACACCCGUCGAGUCGAAGAUGGAACGUCUGCAGAAAGCUUUGGAGAGCAAGAAGUAUCGAUCCCACUCUAGACGUGGAUCGAGCUCACGAGGGAGGGAGUAUUCUGAGAAAGCUUGGCGGGAGAGUCGAUUGAACGAGGAACAACUUGCUAUAGAGGCCAAACAUAACGUGAGAUCCAUGGUGGAGUAUAUAACUGAUCUAACUUUGUUGCUCGCGGCUGUCUACGUAUAUCUGUUCAAGAAGGAGACCCUUGCAAUACCCUUCAUAGCGCUCCUGUUCUAUAGAAGGAUCCAGCAUGAGAUCAAGGGAAGAACUUCGAGAUCUAAAGGACCGCCACGAUGGCUGGACCCGGACCAAGCACUUCCGGUUCAGGGACGCGUCGGUGAAGACAUCGUCAUCGAGCCGAGAUUACGAUGGUCCGAUGUUUUCGACGAGUUACGAUUUGAACUAAUACGCGGGGAUGUGCCGAUACCGUCCGACAGAUACCGGGUACAAAUGAGGGGGAACGUGGUCCAAUUGACCCUGAAGCAGUCUCAAAAGGACGACACUGGGCAUUACGCUCUUGUGGCAACGAGAGUUGGCCAAGGAUUCGAGAAAGGAUCCUCGAAGAAGAUUCAUCUGAGCGUCGACGAGGCCAUCUCGGAAGAGGGUGAUCCACCGAUCUUCCUUCGAAGAUUGACAGACCUUGCUGUUAAAGUUGGCACCAGGACCAGAUUCCUCGUGGAAAUUCGAAGUUCGACCACGCCGAAGAUCACUUGGCACAGAAAUGCCGAGCAGAUACACGCCGGUACGAGAUUCUCGUUCGUCCACGAGGGUAACUUCUACUGCGUGGACGUGGCGCCCGUCACGAUCGAGGACGAGGGGCACUGGACCUGCAUGGCGGAGAAUCGAGGGGGGCGAUCGUCCUGCACGUCUCGUCUCACCGUGAUCGUCCCAAAAGCUUACAAAAGACCAGAAUUCGUGGAGGAGCUACGAGCUCUUCUUACAGAGACUGGAACAGUGUCCUUGGAGUGCAAGGUGGUCGGUGUUCCCACCCCCGUGUUGAGAUGGUUCAAGGACAGCAAAGAAAUCAAGGCUGGCGAUGUGUUCGCUUUAACUGCCAACCUCGACGAUCCAACAUCCCUUGGAAUUUAUACUUGCGAGGCAGUGAAUUGUAUGGGAAUUGCUUACUCCUCUUCAAAAGUACACGUAGUCGGAAAAGGUAGCAGGGAGGGUUCUCUGAAACCAGCUGAUUCCUUGACACCGUCCGGACCUCUUCCUACCUUCACGAAGAUUCUGCAAGACGAGUGUUGCAGGAUUGGAGACACUCUCAGGCUUUCUUGUCACGUUCAAGUACCACCAUGGCCGAAAGCAAUUACGUGGUACAACAAGGAGGGGCGCAUCGAGGCCAGCGAAAAAUACCACGUGAUGGAAGAUGGCCUUGGUGGAUACUUCAUAGAGGUGAACCCUGUCGAAGCCAUGGACGAGGGCGAGUGGAAAUGCGUCGCCACGAGCGCUGAAGAUAUGAAACAGUUUACUACUUGUCACGUUGCAAUGUCCAUUCCAAAGAACUACAGGAAACCACGCUUCAUGGAAAGUUUGAAAGCUGUCCUAACAGAAGAAGGUCUCGUGUCGUUCGAGUGCAAGGUCGUAGGGUUCCCUACGCCAUUGCUCAGGUGGUUCAAAGACGGCCAGGAACUAAAACCAGGAGAUGUUUAUCAAUUGACCGGGACCAACUCCUUAGGUUCCUAUUGCUGCAUUGCAAGAAACUGUAUGGGAGAGGCAAGGAGUACAGCCGAAUUAACGAUCGAAGAUAUUCAAAAUCAAUUAAACGAAGAAGAACGCCUGCAACUGUUAAAUACGAAUCAACCGCCCAUUUUUAUCAAAGGUCUUAGAAGUUGCGAGGCGAGGAUCAACGAGGAUUUUCGAUUUACAGUACAAGUCAGUAUUUCCCCAGAGCCAAGCUUCUCUUGGUACAGAGACGAUACACCGGUGGAGGAGAACGAGAGAUAUCGAGUUGCCAAGGAGAAUCUUGGCAUCUGCCAUCUCGAUGUGCAAAAACUCGAAUUCGCCGAUCAAGCCGAGUGGAAGUGCGUUGCUUCCAACGAUCACGGUCAAAGCAUCACUUCCUGCUUUCUGAAACUAAUCAUUCCCAAGCACUACAAGAACGAAUUUCUUGAGAGUUUGCGCGCCAUAUUGUCAGACGAGGGCGCCGUCAACUUGGAGUGCAAAGUGAUCGGUGUUCCGCAACCGGUUCUCAAAUGGUACAAAGAUGGCGUCGAGUUGAAGCCGGGAGACAUUCACAGGAUCAUUUCCGGACAAGAUGGCACCUGUUGCCUUGGGACUUACACCUGCGAGGCGACCAAUUGCAUGGGAACUGUCAGCAGUUCUGCCUCUCUUCUUGGCUUCGAAGAUAAACUGCCCGUUCGAAAGGAAAUAAAGGAACCACAAUCUCCAAACGGCCACGAACUUGCCAGAAAUUUGUCGCUUUCGACCAUUCACGAAGAAAGAACGUCUCAAUUGUACGAUACGCCCCAAACCGACCAUUCCGUCACGUUAGACGAUCGAGGAGAAGUGUCAUUCAGCUUCGACGGCAAAGAAGUUUCCGUCAGCCUCUACGAAACCCCUGAUCUCACCGAGGAAGAAGCUCUUCAAAUCGUCGAGAUGUACGCUGAUCAAUUGUCUGAACAUGUUACAGAGCACAACGUGAUCGAACUUCCGCCAAUGCGAUUCGUAAAAGAGUCCUCUAACUCUGGCAACCUGUUGAUGGAAGCAGUGGUGAUCGACGUGUCUCCAGACUACUUCGUCAGCGCGGAAGACGGCGACGAUCUUCGUACCGAGGCCGAUUUCGAGGACGUCUCCAUAAUGGACGACGUGACUCGAGUGUUCUCAUCCCCGGAUCAAGACUCUCGCAGCUCCCUGAAGAGAUCUGCCAAGUACAGUUUGGACGAGGACGACAAACCGCCAAUUAGACCGCCCAGGAAAAAGUCGAGCUCCUCGUCGAAAAGCGAGAAAAGCGAGAAGAGUCAGAAGAUGGAAUCGGAAAGCUUCCACAGCGCCCAAAGGGACGAGCCAUUUUCACCAGUCUCACCGAUGUCUCCCGUAUCCUCGUUAAAGCAAGACGACAGCGACACCUUCGCCGAUGCUCUCUCCUCCGCAAGAUUAUCCAUCUCUGAGAAUCAAAUCCAGAAGGGGAGCGAAGACAUUCGUGAGAGGAAACGUAGUCUGAGCGGGGAGAAAACGGCCGGUUCCAGCGUAGAUGAUGGGAUAGGCGGCGACUCCUCCUUCGACUCUGUAACCGGCGCUGCUAAGAGGAAGAAGAAGCAUCGAAAGAAGAAGCACAGACGAGAGAAAGGUAGCUCAGAGGAAUCAUCGAUUGCCAGUGAGAUCGAUGGAAAACGUAGAGAAAGUGGGCCGGUAAAUGCCAACACCGAGACGUUUCAACGAAUAGAGUCUAUAAAGAGGAUCGAAGAACCGUACGUGGAAGAAGCGGCUGACAAAUCUGACGAAAAGAACGGAGCGUUGGUGAAUCUGAUAAAUCCUUGUCGAAGAGCAACAAGGAGAGAUUGUUGGACAAUCUUGGAGACCAAAUUAAACAGCGGCAGCGAGGAAGAGUGUAAAGCAAUCGUGAAAGAGAACGUGAUCAAACCGAUUCAAACGCUGUGCGAGGAAGUCUCGUCCAUAGAGUCUAAGGCAUUGAAGAGUGCAGGAGACAGAUCGUUGAAUCAGACGGUACGGAUCUCCCUUUUGGAAUCCAUUGGAGGCCCGACCGAGGAGCUUCUUCGCGGCAUGGAAUUGAUAGAACGCCAGGAGAACGUUAAGAACCGUAAGAUGGACUUGAUCGCGAUUUUGGAAAGCCUCACCGAUCCCAUCGACGAGAUUCUGAUGGGGAUCACCAAGAUCGAACACGAAUUGACCGGUCGUGCAAAAGGUGAGAAGCCUAUUGCUCUGAUCAGGAUGACAUCCGCGGUUUCUAAGCUAGACGAGAACGUGAGAGAGGUUUUGACCGUGGACAGAAGAGCUUCGCGAUUAGUGGCUAGAUUCGAUGAUAUUCUGAACACGUUGGAUUUCUUCUUGAACGACGUUUCCGUGGAUCCAACUAAGGGAACGAUAGAAACUGUAGAUACCGUUGUGGUUGAGUCUCUUUCGAAGUCUGUUGAGGACAUGGCUCGAGCCUUGGGUCGUUUUUCCGCGAUCGAAACAAAAAUUGUAGGAGCGUCUAAAGUCAUGGACGAAUUAAUACCUCCGACCCGUGAACUGAAGGCGAAAUUGGACACACUGAGAUCAGCUUUGGAGACUUACGAGACGAGAGGAAUUUUGUCGGAACAUCGAACGAAGCUGAUAGAAUCUUUGCAAGAUUCUGUCGGGCAGGCCAUCGAGGAGAUUAACAAGGUGAAAGACGAGAAGCCGAUCGAAGAUCGUAAAAUAACGAUAGAAGAAUCUAAGCAAGAUGUUCUGAAAGAGGUGAGGCUCACUCUUCAAGAAGCUUUGAGAUCGUACGAAAACGUGGCGGGUAAUCUCGAUCCUCGGCUGUCUUCGAUUUUCGAUCGAGUUGACGAGAUGUAUCGAAGACUGAAGACUCCUCAGAAACGAGAGAUAGGUGUAGAAUCGCUGGUAAGCCUGGAAGGUCUUCUCUAUUCCCUCCAAUGCGCUCUUACGUCGACAUCCAUGGCUGAGAACUGUGAAACAGUGUUCGAGCUGUUGGAACCUGCGAUCUCUCAAUUGAAAUCGACGAUAACGAAUCUGAACGAGAAAUCCUUGCAAUCUGUACUGGACAUGGUGAACAACCUCGAGAAAACUGUUCGUGGAACUGAGAACGAGUUGGAAGACACAGUAUCUUCGAAAUCGACGCAAGGAGAGCCACAAAAUUUGACGGAUAGAAUUUUAGAUUCACUGAUAGACGUUCAAUCGGCUUUAAGCUCUGCUUUGCAAAGCAUAGAAGAUGUGGAUUCGGUUACAAAUGGUGCGGCGAAUUCUCAAAAAUUGCUAGCUUCUUCGGAGAACUGUUGCCUUGUAGAGCUCAGACAAUACGUGUCUGAUGCAGCUCACAUAGCGAUGACACUUAAAGAAGAUCAAACGUUGAACAGUCUGUUGGAUGUGAAGGAACCGUUGAUAGAUCUUCGGGAAGCUCUUGCUUCGAAAGAAAGAACGUUCCAGGAACUUGAAAUGAUACGUAAAAUAACGAUUCCUAUAGAGAAAUUAAAGGUAACGGUAUCGAAAGUGUUGUUCCAUUGUCAAUCACAAGAAGCUAUUAACUCGAUAAAAGAUCUGUCGACGACAUUGGAAGAAAUCGAGACUCAAUUGCCGAAGACUGUGGCCCGAUUGAUAGAGGCUGAAGAAGCGACCAAGCAUUAUUUGGAAAGUUUAAACACGGAUCAGAAUCUUAGCAACGUUCAUUUCGCUCUUUCGUCAGCUUUAGAAAGACACGAGAGAAGUUUUCCUGCUCACACUUCGAGUCUGACCAUUUGUGUCGAAGAUCUUCGACAGAAUAUUGGUUCGACAGCAGUAGCAAUCGCCAACUUGAAGAAUCCAAUAGACGAACAAAUCGUGGGCCAAAUAUAUUUGCUAAAGGAUAGUCUGUUGAGCCUUCAGAGAUCUCUGUUGACCCAGGAACACGAGCCUGAGGAGGAACAGAUCUUGAAGGAUCUGUUAAAUCCAAUUGAGAAAUUAAGUUUGAUUCAAAGAAUGAUAGACAGCAAGGCAAAAACAGAUUUAAUUCUUCCCGUUUUGGAACUUUUGGAAGAGAUAGAAAAGGACACUCCGUUGAUCGCUAAAGAAGCAGCGAAGAAGAAAGCUCGAAGAGAGGCAGAGAAAUUAAUUCCUAAAAAGGAAGAACCGAAGGAAGAAAAGGUUAAAUCAUUUGCUCUGGCUAAUAGAAUUAAUAAAUCAUUGGAUCCCAUGAAACACUGGUUGUCCACUAUAUCGGAUGACAGUGCGAAAGAUGAAGAAGAAUCUGUUCUGAGCUCCACUGUGGAGGAUUUGAAACGAGACGUGAACAAAAUUGCUAUCGAGACCUCGUACUCGGAGCCUCCUAGUGAUGAAAAUUUGAUAGAGGCAUUGACUGGACUCCGUGAACCUUUGACAAGAUUACGAAACGCCAUAUCGAUGUAUCACGAACCAGCAGACUUAUCUACUUUGGAAGGAUUGAGCAGACCCAUGAAAUAUCUUCUGCAAACUGUCAUGGACGUUCUUGGAGACCAUGCUGAAGAAGAAUCGCUAAGGCCUAUAAUUGAUAUCGUGGAAGAGAUCGAGAAUCAAAUACCUAUUUCCAUCAAGGAAGUGCUUUACAAAAAGGAAUUGAAGGAGAUGGUAAAAUCGAUGACACGAGAAGAAAAAGAAGUAAUUGGAACAAUAACUUCUCAAGACAUCACUAUUCAGGAAGAAUCUAUUCCCUUGGAAACCAUUGUCAGAGAGAAGGAAGAAAUUACAUCGAAUAUUUCUCAAGAAACUAUUCCUGAAGGAACUCUGAUGGAAAGUACUACAAUAUUACCUGAAACGCAAUUCACUGAAUCGAUAAUGGAACAGACUACAGGUGAAGAGAUCAGCUCUCAAAGAACGGAACAGUUGCUUACGACGAUAGAAGAAUUGCCAAAAGGAAAAGAAGAUACGAAGAAAACAAAAAAGGAAGAAGAAAUGAAGAAUUUGAUUUUCUCAUUGUCGAAGACGUUAGAUACGAUUCAGAUGGAUGUGACGAAUAUUUUAGAAGAUUUCGAAGAGCCUACGACUGGAGCCAUCACUGUUCCAGUCUCUCUGUUGGCCAAUUCUUUGGAAGAACUCAGGAAAACAAUCUCUUCGAUGCAAGUAACGAUUGAAACUCGUGGAAAAUCCGUAGAAUCUCGCGAAGAGAUCGUCAAUGAAACCAUUUCCUUAAUACAAAAUCUCGUGCAGCCACUGAACGAUCUGCAGAAGGUUCUCCAACAGUCUCAUCAACAUGGCGCUCGAGAAUUGGUAAUUUUAAAUCAUUUAAUCUUACCUUUGAAUGUAAUCGAGACAGAAGUGAUCAAUUACGCAAUUCAGAAGCUCGAUCGAGACUCUGAAUUGAAAAAGAAUUGCGAACCAAUUCUGAAUCUUCUCAGAGAUAUCAAAGACACGAUACCAAUCGUUGUAAAAGACAUACAUUCUAGACAAGAGCUUCUUGGAUUUCUUCGUGAGAUUUCAAAACCCUUGAAGAAUAUCGAGGAACGAAUGAAGAUUCUCGAGAAUCAAGCUGAGGACACAUUGGAGACAGACGUGGCAAGAAUUUUGGUGGAACCUUUAGAUCAUUUAAUAAACACCAUUAAUAUCACAUCUCAGGAACUCGAGCUAUUGGAUCAACGAAGAGCUAUCAUCGUAGAGUUUCGAAGCCUCGUUGGACCUUUGGUGGAAUUUUUGAGUAGUCUUUCGAUGGUUCAAAGCAGUCGAAAAAGCUUAGUUCCAGAGGGGGCAUUGUUAGACGAAAGAAGAAGCGUCAUUUCAAAGGCUGUGGAAGGUCUUCAAAGGCAAGCUUCGGCCAUCUUGGAUAGAGUCUCCAAUCUAGAAGGCGCCUCGAUGUUCGAAGGUGCAUUGAACUCCUUGAAAAAUGCUUCCAUCUCUGUUCUGAAGCAAAUUGGCAAGACUGAUUAUUCACGAAGAUCUAGCACCGCCGAGUUCACUCUUCAGUACAAUCUUUCGACCUCGUUCAAUCACUUGAGAAACACGAUUGCAACUUUGAAAGAGAGUGUAGAUAAACCAAUCCACGAAAUAAUCGCCAAAUCUUUGGAAGGUUUGCAGAAACAAAUUACAUUAUCGCAGACACAUUUUAUGCAAACGUACAACGAGCAACGAGUUGACGAAGAAGCCAUCGUCGAAGGAUUUCUUUAUCCGACUAAUCAACUUCGAUCAGCUCUGAGUACUUUAAAAGAGAAAAUUGAAAAGAAAGAAAUAUCGAUGGUUUCGAGUCAGUCUGUGACACUUUUUCAAGCUUUGGCUAAUUCUACAACUGAAUUGGCUUCUUCUUUGUCGCUUCAUCGAGCCCAAUUGAUUCGAGAAGGGGAAUCUGAAGGAUCUUCUCUUGUGGAAACGUUGUCUGCCAUGGUGGAUGUUUUGGAGAGUGUAAAAGAUUCUAUAAUAGAGAUCGAUAAAAUGAUAAACGUGAAGAAAACAACGAUAGAAAAGAAAGUAGAAAAAGAAGAAGGUCAAAAAAUCGAAGAACAAAAUAUUUUACCGAUUACUAUUACGCAAAUUGAGACAAUUAUUGAUGAAAUUAUCGAAGUUUCGAAGGAGGAAGUAGAAAGUGUGUUGACUAUCAAAAAAUUAUCACCAGAGAAAGAAACGGUGACGAUAGAAGAAAUAAAGUCUGAAUCUGAAAAAGAAAUAAAAAGUGUUUCAAAAGUUGGUGAAGAUAAUGAAAAAUCUUUAGUAAAAGAAACUGAAUUAAAAGCAACUGACAAAAUUGAGAUUCUUGAAGGAAUGAAAGAAGAAAAAACAGAUGAUCUUCAGAAAGAUGUAAAAACAGAAAGGAUUGAUACUCUUGAGAUAGUGAAAGAAGAAAAAGCUGAGACAAUUGAAGAAAUAAAAGAAGAGAAAGUGGAGAUUUUAAAAGAAAUGAAAGAAGAAAAAAUUAUUGCUCCUGAAGUAACGAAAGAAAUACAACUUGAAUCGCUCGAAAAAAUAACAGAACAAAAGAUUGAAAUGCACGAAGCAAUUCAAAAAAAAGAAAAGAUUAAAACUACUGAAGAAAAAGUUGAAGAAAUUGAAAUGAAGAGAGAAGAAAAAGUCGAAACUUUUGAAGGAAUGACAGAAGAAAAAAUUGAAGUUCUCGAAGAAAAAGCUAAGACUCUUGAAAUAACAACAGAAGAGAAACUUGAAACUGAAGGAGAAAAAUUUGAUAUUUAUGAAAUCAAAGAAAAAAUAAAAAUUCCUGAAGAAGUAAUAAAAGAGCAAAUUGAAAUUUCUGAAGUAAAUAAAGAAGGAAAAGUUGAAAUUCUCGAAGAAAUGAAAAACGAAAAAGUUAAAUCUCUUGAUGAGAUCAAACAAGAACAAAAAAUUGAAAGUGUUGAAAUAAUGAAAGAAAGUAAAAUAGAAUCUUUUGAAGAAAUAAAAGAAAAGAAAAUUGAAGAUCUUGAGAUAAUGAAAGAAAAAAAAGCAGAAGCAAUGCCUAAAAUAGAAGAAUCGUUACAAACUGAAAAAAUGCCAGAAAUAUUAUCCGAAAAGACAGAUGAAAUAAUCAAGAAAGAAGAAGAAAUUGAAGCAUUGAUUGAAACAAAAGAAAAAGUGAUAGAAAAAAAAGAAAUCGUUGAAAGAAAGAUAAAAGAAACAGAGAUAACAAAAGCAGAGAAAAUAAAAGUAUUUGAAAAUGUAGAAGAGAAUGAAGAAAAUACUGAAAAGAAAAAAGUAAUAGAGAUAAAAGAACAUAGUGAAAAGAUUAUACCUCCAAAAGAAGAAAUUAUUGAAUCAUUGAUAGAAAAAAUUGAAGAGCAGAAAAAAAUAGAAGAAUCACAUGAAAAAAUAAAAGGAACUACACAAAAAGAACAAAAAAUAAUCGCGGUAUCAGAAAAAACAAAAGAAGGAAAUUUGGAAACUUUACCUCAGAAAGUUGAGGAACUUACUCAAGAAGAAAAAAAAUUUGAGAAAACAGAAGCAAUAAUAAGAAAAGAAGAACCUGUAGAAAUAUUAGCUGAAAAAAUUGAAGAACUAGCAAUAAAAGAAGAAAAAGUAGACAUUUUAUCUGAAAUGCCACAGGAAUUGGUUAAGAUCGUGGAAAAAGUAGAAGCUUCCUCUGAAGAUAAUCAAAUAUCAAUAAUAAAAGAAGAAAAACCGGAAAUUCUAAUAGCAAAGACGGAAGAAAUAAUUAAAAUUUCGGAUAGCCAAACGACAUUAUCUGAAGAGACGAAACAAUUGGUAAGCAAAGAAGAAAAAUCUGAAAUAUUAGAAAAAUCGCAAGAAAUAUCUACUCUUGAAAAAAAUGUAGAAGAAGUAAGCAGACAAAAGAUAGAAUUAAAAAAAGAACAAGAAAAAAUUUCUAAACCAGCAAUUAAAGAAACAGAAGAACAAACGAGUAAUGAUAUAGAAAUAGAAAAAUCUAAAAAAAUAGAAGAAAUACUAAAUCAAGAAACAAAAAUAAAAGAAUUCAAAAAAUCAGAAUUAUUAACAGAAGGACAAGAUAUAGAAAAAAUACAAAUAGAAGAAAAGAUUGAAGAACUUUCUGACAAAAUAAAGAACGAGAUACAAAAAGAUGAAAGUACAGAAUUAACGAUCAAAAGAGAUAAAGAAACGGUAAAACAAGAAGAGAUGAUAGAAACUUUGAGCGAAAAAAUGGAAGAGUUGACAAAAGUUGAAGAAAAAGCAGAAGAAGAAAGGAAAGAAGCAAAAAUAAAUUUCAUACAAAAAACAGCAUCGUCAAUCAAUAUUAUGCAACAACCUUUCAAAGAAUUAGCUAAUCUCGUAUCUGUAGCUUUAGAAGAACCACUUUCCUCGAGAUCUGAAGAAGAAAAACGAAGAAUACGAGAAUUAACUGCCUUAAUACAAAUUCUUUACGAUUUAAAAGCAACGAGUACAUCGACUCGAACUACAUUAUCUUCUUCUUCGAUCCCAGAAUUAGAAGUGCAAUUCAUUCGUCUGUUAGAUACUUUAAUAAAUGUGGAACAAGCCACAGAAAAAAUUCUUUAUUUAACUCAAAAAGAUCUAGCUCCAGCAUUGAAGGAAAAUGUGAUGGUGUCGCUGCAAGUACUUUUAGAACCACUGAAAUCUUUUCAACAUGAACUUUCUUCACUUCAACAAAUAACUGGGCAGUUUCCUAUGGAAUAUUUCUUCUUGUCUACAAAUGCACAAAACGUGAAUGAAAUAAUUUCUGAACUUAUAAAAGUGAUACGAAAGACAACUGAAAUGAAGAGUAUGAAGGUGGUCGAAGAAAUCAAAGUAAUGAAAUCGAAAGAAGAAAAUCUAGAUAUCGAAGAAACCACAGCGAAGCCUCUGGAAGAGCUUAUAGAAGUCCUCAUGGUCUCUCAGGAACAAGUAAAACCUGUCUCUCUAAUUGGUUCUGUUUCACCUUCAAUAGAAUCAGUCGAAUUAAUAGAACAACAAGCAUUAAUCAGUGAAGAAGAAACGAAAUUAGACAUGUAUCUCGUGGAACAAAUAGUAAGUCCAGUACAAAAUUUGCGCGAAAUAAUUGCGAAGAUAGAGGAGCAAACAUUAGAAGAGACUGAAACAUUAGAUUUGCCUAAGCAGAAGAAGACAGCUGCUGUUAUCUUGAAUACUAUUAUCCAUCCUCUGGAAGAUUUGGAGCAAUCUUUGAACGUCUCUGCUCAGCAACAAACAUUAGCAACUGAAGAAAUCACCGAGGAAAUGAGACAACCUAUUCAAUCGUUACAAUUAAUUCCAGUAGCCAAUGUUCUAGAAGAAUUGAAGAGAUCCAUCAUUACAAUUCAAGAAGAAAUGAUCCUAGAGACGAGUGAAGAAAUGAAGAAUUCUGAAGGCAAAGUACAAAUUACAAAUGAGGUACAGCGAUCAUUGGAAAAUUUCAAAUUCUCUGUUGGUGCAGUACAAAAAGUCAUAACCACGGAAGCUGAAAGUGUAAAUACAGUAUCCAAUAUAGAGAAGACAUUGGCUAUUCAAUCCUUCGUCGAAUCAAUAAAAGAAUUGGGAGACAGAUGUAUGGCAAUUGUCAGUCAAUCUAUAGUAAAAGUAAAAGCUUCUGAAAAGAUCCAAAAAGAAGAAUUAGAGCAAGUUUUGGAAGUGAUGGUUCAACCUAUUCAACUAUUACGUGAAACAGCUAUCGAGAUUGAAGAACAGAAGGUCGAAGAAAUUCGAAGUCUAGACGAAACGAAUAAGGAUAUAAUCGAGGUUCUGAAACCUCUGAUCCAUCCUCUGGAAGAGCUGGAAGAAUUAUUGUGCACUGCUGUUCGUGAAGUGAGCGUAUCAGAAAUAAAAACGGCUGAAGAAGUGAAGAAAACUGCGGAAGAAUUGAAACUAAGUCCUGUGUUGGAAAAACUACAAAAGUCUAUUGCCGUGAUAGAGGAACAAACAACACUGCAACCGAAAAAACUCGAUGUAUCUGUCACAAAAAUGGAAGCAUCCGUUGCUGAAUUAAUAGAAAGCCCAUUAGAAAAUCUGAAGUCGGCUGUAACAGCCAUACAAACUCUCGAAACGGAAGAGGCUAAAGAAUUGUCGAGUGAAGAGAAAACAACGGCUCUGAAAUUAUUUGCCAAAUGCAUGGAAGAAAUAGCAAAAGUAUGUUCAGUUGUCUCUAGUGAACAGAAGAUUCAAGUAAGCUUGAUAGAGCAGCCACAAGUGGCUAAACUCGAAUUUGGUCAACAAACUUUGGAGACUAUAGCAAGUCCAAUUCAAAUUUUGCGCGAAACUGUAUCGAAACUUGACGAACAGCAAACACAAGAGGUUGAAACUCUAGUUUUGGCUGAAACAAAGGAGGCAGCAACUGUUUUGCACAGUUUGAUCGAACCAUUAGAACAAUUGGAAAAAUCGUUAUCCGUAGCUGUUGAACAGAUGAGUACGAUUAAGGAAGAAUCUACUUCAAGUUUGAAAGACAUUCAAUCUUUGGUGAAAUUGAAUGUGGAACCUGUUCUGAACCAAUUGGAAAAAUCGAUUGCAGUAAUUCAAGAACAAGUACCUUUGGAACCAUCCAAAGAAGAAACAAGCGAUAAAUUGGAGAUGUCACUCGUGGAAGCUAUAGAAGAACCAUUGGAGCAUUUAAAAUCUUCAGUAGCGGCUGUUCGAGAGAUAAUGUGCUUUGAAACAGAACGAGUCAGUGAUCUAAUUGAUAAAACAUCGAUCUUGGAAUCAUUUGCGAAAUCCAUGGAAGAAAUCGGCCAAAAAUGUCUGGCAGUGGUGUCUCAGCAGCAAAUAAGAAUGCAACUGGUUCCUAAACAAUUGGAAAAAUCACAAAUAGCAAUACUGGAAAUGGCGAUUAAUCCCCUUCAAGUUUUAAAAGAAACAAUUAAUAAAAUCGAGGAAGAAAAGAUGCAACGAGUCGAAGCUCUCGAUUCUUCCAAAAUGAUUGAAAAAGAAAGAACAGAUAUAUUAAAUGUCUUAAUAGAACCGUUACAGAAAUUAGAAACUUGUUUAUCCUCCACUGUUCAACAGGCUGUCUCGAUAAAAACCGAAAAGGCGGAAGAGAUGUCACAAAAAACACUUUCCACGGAAAAAUUGAACGUGUCAUCUGUCGUUGAAGAACUUCAAAAAUGUAUAGCAAUGGUGCAAGAGCAAAUGAAACUGCACGCAACGACAACACAAUUCAUCGAGCCAGCUUCUCUCGUGCAAACAGCUGAAAAGUCAUUGGAAGAACUGAAUUCUUCUCUUAAUAUCAUUCGAAGCGUGAUUACCGUUGAAUCGAAUGAAGAAGAAAAAUUAUCAGAUACAGAGAAGGUAGCUGUCUUGGAACACUUUGCCAAAUCGGUGCAAGAAUUCGAAGAAUGCUUAGCUGUGGUCAGUCAGCAGCAAGUGGAGGUGAAGGAAACGGUAGUUGAGCUGAAGGAAAUUGAAAAACUGGAUGCACGAGUUCUCGAGACAAUUAUUGCACCGGUUCUUGCAUUGCGCGAGACUAUUAUGAAGAUACAGGAAGAAAGCUUGGAAGAAACAGAAACAUUGGAUACGGAAAAGAUAUAUGUACAGACGUUGACUCCAUUGGUGCAUCCUCUCGAAAAAUUAGAGAGAUCUCUGGUGCAUGCUGUUCAACAAGCGAGUGGGCAGAAGUUCGAAGCUGUGGAAGAAAUAAAAGAGGAAACUCCUCGAACGAUGGCUCUUCAACCAAUUUUAGAAGAAUUGAAAGAGAGCAUGGUUAAUGUUCAAGAACAAUUAACUGCGAGUUCAGAAACGUCGGAAACUGUUAAAAAUAUCGUUGUAGCAAUUGAGGAAUUGAAAAUGUCUAUUAGUGCGGUUCAGCAAAUAGUCAUAGAACAAACCGAAGAAAUGAAGAUUGAGAAAACAUCUGUAUUAGAGACUUUUGCUAAAUCGAUAGAACAAUUGGAAGAACGAUGCUCGACAGUGGUUAAUCAACAAAAAAUUGAAAUGAAGUUGAAGGAAGGUGAGAAACAAAGGCAAGCAAAGGUGGAUGUUGAAAUUCUUCAGAAGAUUAGCAGCACGGUUAAUAUUUUACGCGAAUCACUUUUGCGAAUAGAACAAGAAAAGGAAGUCGAAGAAUUAAAAAUACCAAAAGAACAAGAAAUGAAAUUGAAUGUUCUUAUAGAGCCAUUGUAUAUCUUAGAACAAGCCUUGUUGACUGCGGUGGAGGAAGGAAAAAUCGUAGAAGAAGAAACUGCGGAAAAAUUGAAGAAAAAUGAAGUGGCUGUUGAAAAAUUGAAUUUACAACCUGUUCUGGAAGAAUUACAGAAAUCUAUAACCAUCAUUCAACAUCAAACGAGUGAAUCAGCUUCAACUUCAGAGAUUACUAGUGAAAUUGGUUUGACGAAGAGGUUAGUUGAAAAAACGUUGGAAGAAAUGAAGUUAUCCGUAGCAGCUGUUCAAGAGAUCACGAUUGCCAAGCAAGAUGAAACGAAAGAAUUGAAAACAGGAGAAGAAAAUUCCCGUUUGGAGGCUUUUGGACGAUCAGUGGAAGAAGCUAGUGAAAAAUUGUUGAGUCCAAUGAAGCAACAGGAAGUGAAGAAACUCGUGAAAGAAGCCUCGAUAAAGAAGAAAGUAAGCGAGGAUUUUGUGAAAACUGUAAUAGAACCGAUCAAUGCGUUGCAAAAUACGAUUAUGAAUAUAGACAAGGAAAGUGAAUUAUUAGGGAAGAAGAAAGAACAGGAAGCUGUGAUUUUCUUAAAUAUGGUGCAGCCGCUUCGCAAGCUUGAGGAAUCGUUUUUAUCAGCUAUGAAGAAAGAGACAAUAACCAAAUAUGAGACUGUCGAAGAGAUUUCUCAGGCAAUUCCAGCAUUACAAGAAUUACCAGUCAAAUCUACGUUGGAAGAAUUGAACGAGCAGGUUGCAGAAAUACAGAAACGGUUAGUUUUUGCCAAAGAAACCAUAAGUUUGACAGGCGAUACCGAAGACUUCGCCGCGAUAAAAAAUUUGGAAAGAUCGUUAAGCGAUCUAAGAACGUCUGUAGCUAUUGUUCAGCAAUUGACAACGAUAGAGAAACCUGGCCAACAAAUUCUAGACGUCGAAAAUGCGUCCGCGUUGCAGGCAUUUGGAAAAUCCGUGGAAGAAUUCAAGAAACAAUGCACAGCCAUUGUUUCGAGACCAAGAGUGAUUGCCACAAUUUUAGAAGAGAUAGAAUCACAACAAGCAAUUAAGCUCGAAACUCAAAUCCCGCGCAUUCUUGUUCCUGCUAAAUUGUUGCAAGAAUCCAUUUCGACGAUAGAAGAGAUCAAACUCCAAGAGGUGGAAGCAUUGGAAACAUCGGAAACGAAGAAAUCUGUCACGAUACUGAGCGAGCUUAUACCGCCAUUGCAACGAUUGGAGCAAUCUUUCAUCGCUGCCAUUCAAGGAGAACACGUGAUGGAGCAAACAAUGGAGGAAAUCAUGGAGACUGAUCGAGUGUCGUUCGAGAAGAUGAUACUGAAACCAUUACUGGAAGAAUUUCAAAAAUCAAUCGCAACGAUCCAAGAGCACAUGAUGAUCGAGGAAGGUGUGCAGAGUUUGUCAGAGAUAGAAAAUGCUUCUCAGUUGAAGACGAUGGCGCAAACGUUGAUAGAUUUGAAGACCUCGGUGGCCGCCAUUCAGCAGGUCACUGAAUCCAUUCCGGAAAUCGCUAGUGAAUUAUCCAAAGCUGAGAGUGUGUUCGAGACGUUUGCCAAGUCUCUUCACGAUCUGGCAGAACGCAUGGCGACUGUAGAUCAUCAGCAGAUGAUCGUUGAACCGAUAGCAGACACCAUAUCCGAGGACGUGUCGUCCUUGAAAACUUGGGCGGAUGUUGUUGAAGAACUGAACAUUCAGGUGACAGAACCUAUGAUAGUGGAUCAAGGUACGGUAGAAUCACCCUCUGAAAUGGCUCUGUCAAUUUCUGAGGAGGAGACGCAGGCAUUGAAAGGCUUGGCCAAACCUCUGAGCGAAUAGGAAUGUUUGGCGAUAGUUGUCGAAGAACGGAAAUCGAUGGACGCGAACGAGAUGACAUUUGCAUUGUCGGAAAAGGAGGAUCUAUCUCUGCUAAAGACUAUGGCGCAACCAUUGUUGGAACUGAAAAAUGCAGCAGCGUCCGUUAUCCUUGAGCAAACCACUAUCGAGUCUGCUAAAGAGAAAUCGUUUGAUAAUGAAGAGAGGAUGGACACUACUCUGAAUCCGUUGAUCGAGCCUCUAGAAGAACUUUGCAAUUCGAUCGCGUUGAUCGAGGAUCAUAUGCUGAUUGAAUCCGCAAUAGAUCGACCUGUUGAUGAAGUAUCCUUGCUGACUGCUUUGGCUGAGCCUUUAAUGACACUUCACAGAAGUAUCUCAAUACUUGAAGAAAGAGUAAUGUCGCCUGAUGUAGAGCCAAUUCCAGAGGAAUCGACUAAUUGGAUUACCGAAUGUUUGGCGGUUCCAUUGCAAGAGAUAGAGAGAUCUAUAGCUGAGAUUCGAGAAUGCGUUGUGAUAGAACCAGAGCCUGGAAUUGCUGAAGAGUUCUCAAGGAUCGAUACACCAGAUUGGACAAUGGUUGAGAAAUUAGUGCAACCAGUGGAAGUUAUAAAAUCAACGAUCAUUGAAAUGGAGAAAAAUAUUGCUGGAAAUAAAGAGAUGGAAAAAGAAAUUGAAUAUGAGACAGUUAAAAUACUGGUGCAACCUCUGAAUGACGUGUACGAAAGCUUCAUGGUGUUGAAAAACAAAACUGAUAUGAGUGUAGAAGAAGAAGAAGCUAGUAUCGAUGCUAUCGUAGAUUCUUUGUCAAAUUUAGAAAAGAGUAUAUCAUUGAUUGAGGAACAAUUUUCUGAGAAGAAACAGACCUCAAGUAUAGAUGAAACUAUAAUUGGAAUACUGGCUGAACCUCUAAUGCAAUUGAAGGAAAAGAUUAUGACAGUGGAAGAAUCGUCAACUGCAUAUCUUGAAAAUUUGGAGAAACCUUUGAAAAAUUUGCAAGCUGCUUUGGAAAUUGUUUCGACUGUUCAAAUUAAGAAUGUAGAAAGAAAAAGAAAAGAAACUACUGUCUCGAUGGAAGAAGUGAUGAGAAUAUCGACAAAAUUGAUGAAUUCUAUUAAAGAGAUGAACAACUCUAUCGAAUCGAUUGAUAAUAAGAUAGAAAGUUACAAAGGUUUAUUGGGUAUAGAAAUUCAAAUCGAGAAUGAAGCUUUGAAGGCAUUGAUUAAGCCUCUUGAACAAUUGAAACAGGGAAUUCAAAAUGUAUUGGAAAGAUCUGAAAUUGAAGAAACUUCGAUAGAUUCUUUAAAGAAACUUCGAAGGGCAAUUGAUAUUAUUCGUCAACAAUCUGCUGAUAAACCAAUGGUUGAACCAUCACAUUCUGAAAUAGCAGAUAUCUUCGGAAUGUUGAGAAUAUUGACGAUAAGCUUAAAUGAGUUGGAAAUGUCUAGUGAGAAGGUUGAAAAAUUUUGGAAAGAUAAUUUAAGUGGAGAAGGUCUUGUGGAACUGGAGACACCUAUUUCAAAUUUAAUGAGAGAUAUAAAUCUGCUUCGUGAUAGAAUAUUAAAUAUGGAAAUAGUGUGGGAAAAAGAUGAAGAGAAAAAAAAAGAUAAGAAGAAAAAGAAAGAAAAAAUUAAAGAAAAAAUGAAAAUAGAUAAAGAAGAGGAAGAACGUGAACAGGAAGAAACUAAAAAACAAAAGCAAGAGGAAGAGGAAAAAAAGAAAAAAGAAGCUGAGAAACUGAAGCAAGAGGAAGAAGAAUAUAGAAAGAUCGAAGAAGCUGAGAAAUUAAAACAGGAGGAAGAGAAACGUAAAAAAGAAGAAGAACAACAAAAGUUUAAACAGGAAAAAGAACAUAAGAAGAAAGAGGAAACUGAAAAAUUAAAACAAGAAGAGGAACGUAAACAGAAAGAAAAAGAAGAAAAACGUAAGGAAAAAACGGAAGCUGAAAAACUAAAACAGGAAGAAGAGCAUAAGAAAAAAGAGGAAGCUGAAAAACUAAAACAAGAAGAAGAGCGUAAGAAAAAAGAGGAAAAAUCUGAAAAACUGAAACAAGAAGAAGAGCAAGAACAAAAGAAAAAAGAAGAAGCUGAGAAAUUAAAACAAAAAGAAGAACUUAAAACAAAGGAAACUAAAAAGUUGGAGCAAGAAAAGAAAUCUAAAAAGAAAGAAGAUACUGCACGUAAAAAGAAAAAAGAAGCAGAGAAAUUGAAACAAGAAGAAGAGGAACUUAAAAAAGAGGAGAUUGAAAAAUUGAAACAAGAAGAGGAGCGUAAGCAAAAGGAGGAGAUAGAGAAGCAGGAAGAAGAACGUAAAAAGGAAGAAGAAAAAGCACAGAAAUUAAAACAAGAAAAAGAACGUCAAGAAAAAGAGAAGGCUGAAAAAGCGAAACAAGAAGAAAUUCGUAAAAAGAAGGAAGAAGAAAUUGAAAAAGCAAAAGAAUUUGAAUCAGAAGCUUUGAAACAACAGGAAAAAUUACGAAAAAAGAAAGAGGAAAGAAAAUUACAACAAGAGGAAGAUGAACGCAAGGAACGAGAAGACGCUGAAAAACGUAAAAAGGAGCAAGAACAAAGGAGACAUGAGAGAGAAGAGCGUGCGAAAAAAGAAGAAGAGGAGAAGCUCAAACGCGAGGAAGAGGAACGUAAAAAGAAAGAGGAGAGACUGAAGUUGAAGAAAGAGGAAGAAGAACAUAGAAAAGCUGAGGAAGCAGAACGAUUGAAGAAAAAACAAGAGAGAGAGGAACAAAAACGGGAGGAAGCUAAACGUCGAAGAGAAGAACAAGAGAAGCAAAUAAGACAGGAAACUGAAAAAGUGAGAAAAGCGGAGGAGGAACGACUAAGAAAAGAAGACGAAGCUCACGAACGUAGAAGAAUGGAACGUGAACAAAGAAGGCAGGAAGAGAUGGCCAAGUUACGCAGAGAAGAAGAAGAAAAAAUCAAAAGGGAGGAAGAACGCAAAAGAAAGAGAAAAGAGACGGAAAGGCAAUGGAAAGAAGAUGAGGAAGCUAUGAAAAAAAGAGAAACUGAACGUUUGGAAAGAAGAAGAGCUGAGGAGCGACAGAAACGAGAAGAAAUGGAACGUUUGCGACGAGAAGACGAAGAGAGGAGAGAUAGAAGGGAAGCUGACAGGCAAUUAAGAAGAGAAGAAGCAGCACGAACGAUGAAAGAGGAAGAAGAACGUUUAAGAAGGCGAUACGACGAAGAAGCAUCCAGACUUCGAAAACGAAGACAAGAACAGAUAAGAGACGACACUUGGUCACGAAUGCGACAAGGUGAAUCCGAUCAAUUGUUCCGAAAAAUGACGGAAGACGCGUUUAGAAUUGAAAAAACAAAAACCACUUCUUCCGAUAUGGAUCUUGUUUGGCGAGACAAACGAGACAAAUCUUAUCGAUAUGAUUCUGGUUUCGAUUCUGGACUUUCCAGCACUUCCAGAUCAUACAGUUGGAGAGAUUCUCUUACUUCUCUAACAAGGAAGAGGAUCGACGAUUUUCUCGAUUAUAAAUUGAGAGAUACUUCGAUCGACAGAUACUAUUUCGAUACAGGAACGUAUUACAGGAGAAGAAGAAAAAGGGACGAUCGAAUUACUCGAGCGAGAUCCAUCAGUUUGUUAAAGUACGAUGAUUAUUCGACGGGGGAUAGUGACGCGACUAUCACAGCUGUUAGUGUUAGCAAACCACCGAAAUAUGGCGGGAGACCAAAGAUGACAUCACGAACGGAUCUGGAUGGAUCGAAUCUUUCCAUAUAUUUACCUCCUAUUAAAGACAAGCUUGCUCCGCGCGAGAAAGGAAAGAAGCCGUCAUUCUGCACAAGAUUGACGAAUAGGACCGUAGGGGUUGGUAUGAAGACGAGAUUGACCUGCACUGUCCUUGGCCACCCGGAACCAAGGGUUUACUGGACGAAGGAUGGAGAGAAACUCGACAUAACCACGAACAAAUAUAAAACUCGAUUCGAUAACGGUAUGGCUUACUUUGAAUUGCACGAACCACUCCCCGAAGAUUCUGGAUUGUAUACCUGUGUUGCCGAGAAUGUUCAUGGAAUCGCAAGUACCGAAUCCGCGUUAAAAGUUUACCCCGAUUUCCAACCAACAUUGUCACCCCCUACUUUCACAAGAUCGAUCAGAGAUACCUAUCGACCAUCUGACAAUGAAUUGAUCCUGGAAUGUCGAGUUCGUGGCAACCCAGCACCCGUCAUCUCCUGGUUGAAAGACGGUUGCAUUCUUCGAGGCGAUCGUUACAAACAAAGUUAUCUGGACGAUGAUAUCUAUCGAUUAGAGAUUGCUGCGCCUAAAUCUACAGAUAAUGGUCGAUACACUUGCAGAGCUAUGAACGAUCUACGAACCGAAGAAAUAUCGCACGUUGUUCAAUUCAAUGAACGAGAUCGACGAAUCGUGGGUAAACACGAGAAAUUGUUCGACGAUUACUUCAGCCUUGAAACUUACAAAAGGCCAAAGUUCUCCAGUUAUUUGAGCGACUACAGUGUUCCCACUGGCGGCACCAUUGCCCUCCAAGUUGAGGUCAAAGGUGUACCGGCACCGGAAGUCAGAUGGUUCCGCGGCGAAAGGCGGGAGCCAGUCUCGAUCCCAAAAGCGAAGACAUUUACAGAAUCCGGUGUUCACACGUUGGUUCUACCCGAAGUCACUGAAUCGGAGAAAGGCACGUACAUCUGCAGAGCAAUUAACGCUUACGGCCACGUGGACAGCAUUGCCACGGUCGAAGUAAUUUCACCGAGUGCGAUCGAUGGCGGGAAACCGGCCAUGUGUUCUAGGCCCACGGAAAAAUCGAUCACGGUCAAUUCUGGGGAGGACGUGAGUGUCUCGUUCAGGGUCACCGGAAUUCCCAAACCUCGUGUUACAUGGAUGAAAGGAUUAAAAGACAUCACGGACGGUCUCCGAUCUCACAAGGAAACGAUCGACGAUUACGUGAGAUUAACACUGAAGAGAGUGGUAGCAACAGACGAAGGCACUUACUGUAUUCUUGUUAAAAACAGAUACGGUUGUGACAGAAGUUUCUUCUCGAUCAAGGUGAAACAACGUGCCAGGUCACUGACACCCGACUGGAGUUCUUUGAGCAGCCGCACCGAGACCGGAAGUUUUCUUGGUCUGUCCAGCGAGAGCCGUGACGAGGAACUCUCUUACGUGAAGAAUGUUCCAGGGCCAAUUACAAGCGAGCCGGUGGUGGUUGAUGGGGGAAAGAACUGGCUAUCCUUAAGUUGGGGAAAAGCUGAAAGAAGAGGACCAGCGCCUGUCAUUGCUUACAGAGUCGAUGCUUGGUUGUUGGGCAGCGAUGGUGGUGCACGAUGGGUCGAGCUGGGCAUGACACCGAUAAACGCGUUCGACGCGUUCAACUUGAAGCCUGGGGGCGAGUACAAGUUCCAAGUAACUCCAAGAAAUCGUUACGGAUGGGGGGAGUCUGUCACUAUGACGAACUCCGUCAAGGUCAGCGAGACCGUCGACCUUCCAGAGUUCACGAAGAUCCUUCCAGGUCAACUGAAAGUUCUCGAGGGUAGCGCAGUCAAAUUGGAGUGCGAGAUCCGUGGUGAUCCAAAGGUGGACAUAAAAUGGUACUACGAGUCGAUGGAAAUCGAUCCAGACGGCGACACGAGGUGGUCGAUCUCUCGUAGCGGAUCCAAAUGUUGCUUCACGAUUGAGAACGUUGAAGAGAAAGAUAGCGGGAGAUAUGUUUGCGAGGCGGGCAAUUCGGUCGGAAAGGUUUCGUCGUUCGCAAGAUUGCUCGUCGUCGAUGACCCAAAGAUCAUCGAGGCUGAUGAGAAAUUUAAAUCGAGAGCUUUAGGGGACGAGACGGAGGACAGGCCGCCCCAAUUCACAAUGAGAAUUCGGGACAGAAGAGUGCAAAUGUCCUACCCUGUGAGACUCACGUGUCAAGUGGCAGGACAUCCGGCUCCUGAGGUCACGUGGUACAAAGACAGCGCGGAGAUUCGACAAGACGAGCGCCACGUAUUCUGGAACAACGACUCGAAUUUCCACACGUUGGAAAUUAUUCACUCGAUGCUUGAGGACUCUGGUUGUUACACCGUGAUGGCGAAGAACGCGAGCGGCUCGGUGUCCUGCCGAUGCAUCCUGGUCGUGGACAAAGGAAUUCGCGCCUACAUAGCCCCGGAUUUCCUGUGCGGCUUGGAUCCGCUUUAUACUGUGAAAUUAGGGGAAGAUCUGCGGAUGACUGCUCAAGUUGAGGCGUAUCCCAGUGUCGGUAUCGUAUGGCAUCGAGACGGAAUUCGUUUGCGGCCAAGCAGAAGAGCAGUGAUGACCUUGAACCACGAUGGUACGGUCGAGCUGUCCUUGGGCAAGGUCACAGCAAGGGAUGCCGGUGUUUAUUGUUGCACAGCCACGAACGAGGUUGGAUGCGCCGAGACGUCGACACGGGUCGCCAUUAUUGGCGCCGAAUCGCAAAAUGAUGAGGUGUCCGUCGAUGGAGUGCCAACUUUGACGGUCAUAUCGACGCCAGACAUACCAUACUCGAAGGAGCCUCUGUUCGUCACGAAACCUCUAUCCACAGAGGCAAUCGAAGGAGACACCGUCAUCAUAUCCUGCGAGGUCGUCGGCGACCCCAAACCGGAAGUAAUAUGGCUGCGCGAUUUCCUCAGGGCCGAUUACUACAAGGACGCAGCCCACUUCCGGCUGGUCGGCGAAGGAUCUCACUACCGUCUGGAAAUACCGUACGCGAAACUCGACUUCACGGGGACGUAUUCCGUAAUAGCGCGGAACUGCCAUGGGGAGGCCAAAGCCGUGAUUUCUUUGCAGAUCUACGCGAAAGGCCAAGGCAAGGAGGAGAAAAUGAAGAAAUCAGAUGGGAUCACGCACGGGAACGUGCUCACUUUGCCUAUGGUCACGAGGGAGCUUCGAGAUCUGAGGUGUUGCGACGGCGACGCUGUCACCCUCGAGUGCAAGGUGCACGCUACGCCCGAGCCGCCACUGGUACGCUGGGAACGCGGAGGAAAGAUACUGCAAAUGAGCGGGGAUUUCUCGGCUGAGUUCGACGGUGAAACCGCACGUUUGUGCAUCCAGCAUGUUUAUCCGGAAGACGAGGGCGAGUACACCUGCGUGGCAUAUAACGACCUCGGCAAGGCAUUCACCUCGGCGUGCCUGAUAGUGGAUGUGCCCGAAGGGAAAGAGAAUGUUUUGAGCCAAAGAUUGACGAGACCCGCGGGUCUUCUCUCGGCAGGAUCGACACCCAGAUCGACACCACGAUCCACGCCGAUCAGGAGUUUGUCUCCGGCAGUUUCGCAUGGCCGAGAAUUAAGAUCCCCGCAGCUUCUUCCGCGAAGCACGUUGUCGAAGCGGCCAAAGAUCAGUCCGCCGAAAUUUUACGCGGUCCCCCACAACCGCGUGGUCGAGGAGGGUGAAACGGUGCGUUUCCAGUGCGCCGUGGUCGGCCACCCGACGCCCUGGGCCAAAUGGGACAAGAACGGGACAACGGUCACCCCAACCGCGAGGAUCUCGAUGAAGGAGAGGGACGACGUGAAGAUAUUGGAAAUCGUCGAGGUAACACUGGAGGACGCGGGACUUUACAGGGUGAUCGUGGAGAACGAUUACGGCCGUAUCGAAGCCAGCGCUCGUCUGGAAGUUAUAAAUCGUCAAUUACUUGGGUCGGUCGCUCGCACGAUCAGAAUAAGAAGUGCAUCGCCUAGAACGUAUCCAUCGUUCAGCCGCAGUCUCCUGGACACGAGCGGCAGAACGAACGGAAGGCUGCACCUCGAGUGCGGCAUCAGAGGGACGCCUAGCCCGACACCGACGUGGUUCAGGAAUGGACGGCCGUUGGAACGAUCGAGCCGAAUAAAAAGGUAUUUCGACGGGAAAACGGCAAAGAUCGAAAUAUCGAAAGUGAAGUCGAGCGACGCGGGUGAGUACACCUGCGUGGCAACGAACGUGCUUGGCUCUACGAGGAAUACUUGCCAGGUGACCGUCCUUAGCCCUUCCAAUCCAUCCACGAGUGACAAGGAUCAGCCGAGAUUUCUUCACCCACUCGCCGAGGAAUCGAUCGUCGUGGAAGGUCAUUGCUACGAGCUGCACACGAGACUCACGGGUACACCGCCCUUCUCGAUGAUUUGGUUGAAAGACGGUCGCGAGAUACUCGACAAUGAUGAGCACAAGUAUGUCGUGUACAGCGAUGGUGGUAUCGCUCUCAGAUUAUCCAACGUUUGUCCACAAGACGCUGGCGAAUACACUUGCCUCGUUCGUAAUAAUUUCGGGGAAGCAUCCAGCAAUGGCCUAUUUAUCGUUCAAGAUUACAAAGGUGUAGCGAAAUUGGCGCCACAGUUCACAAAGGCUCCAGUGUCGGUCGUCGCAUCGAAAGGAGACAUUGCUUGUUUCUGUGCCCGAGUGCAAUGCGGAAAACCAAUUGAGAUCACGUGGACGAUCAAUGGAAGGGACGUUAAAGAAAAUCCAAGGUGCAAGAUCGAAAAAGACGACAGCGUGAGUAUUCUCAGGAUACACGACGUGCAACAGCGAGACGUCGGCGAGAUACGGUGCACAGCAUCCGUGGCUGGUAAAGGGCCGUCGAUCAGUUGCUCGGCCGAGCUACGAUUGAAUCGAUCCACGAACGAAAAUCGAAACGAGAAGCCGCCUUUGGCUCCGCCCAGUUGCAAUCGCAGCAACUCCUUACGAAGGACGAGAAAAGACGCUCCUCUUGCGUCGCCUCAACGACGACGCAACGAGUCUCCGUUGCGAGCCAGGUCGUUACCUCGAGGAUCCACGCCGAGUCCUAUCCUGUCCCCUUUGCCUGUCAGGAGAAAUGUAUUACCACCGAGCCCGUUACUCGACAGAAAGUCGACCAAACUGCCCGAGAAAACUGGGAACAGGAAAGAUGUCAAUCUUAAAAAAUUCGCGCGUAAAACGACGCAACGAGUGCAACGAGGAAACCGGAUGAGCGGACGUCGUCGGACGAGGAGGAGACGUUCAUCAGGCAGAAACGAUCGAGGGAGACGAGAUUAUCGGAGAACGAGGAGGAAUUGGUGAACAUCGACGAUGACUUCAAACGUUUGCAAGACUGAUAAGAACGAGACGAGGCAAGAUAACGUUAAUAAGCACGAUAACACGCCGAUAAUAUGCGUGAAGCACGUACCGGAAGAGAUGGAGGAAAUGGAGGAGGAGGAGUGCUCGAUACAAAAGGAUGAUGAGAUAGUGAUGAAGGAGGAGGAGAAGAUUGUCGGCGGGGAGGAGGAGGAGGAGUUCGUUGCGGCUUGUAUCGUGAAGGUGCCCGCUGAUGUCACCGUUUUCAGAGGAAACAGGGUUGUCCUCAGGGUCACGUAUCGAGGUCAUCCGGAACCGGCGGUCAAAUGGCUUCGAGCGGGGCGAGAAUUAAUUCCAAACAAAAAGACUGCGAUCACGUAUGGCGGAGGUGUCUCUUGCUUGAUAUCCGACGAUGUGACGGCUGAUAAUGCCGGAAAAUACGAGGUGUCCGUGGAAAAUAAACUUGGGAAAGAUCGACGAUGUUUCAGCGUUGCCGUUGAAGGUCCACCCGACCCACCGGCAGGUAUUCCAAACAUAUGCUGCUCCACGGGUACAGCAACCAUCAAUUGGCGGUCGUCACCUUACGAUGGCGGUUGCACGGUCACCGGUUACACCGUGGAGAUGAAUCAUGCCGGUGAAAAUAGGUGGACAACGAUCGCGGAAUCCUGCCUCUCGCUCAGCAUCACCGUUCCUUCCGACACCGUGAUACCCGGUGAAAGAUAUCGUUUCCGCGUGAGAGCUGAAAAUAUCCACGGGGUUAGCGAACCCGGCGACGAAUCUCAAUUUGUUCGAAUCCCGAAAGAAGGUGAAAUGUGGCUGGAGGAGGAUGAAGAAGAGUUCGAUCCACCGUUCGAAGCUCGAAUAGUCGAAAUGGAGGAUGGGCAUUUGUUCAACGAUCGAUACGAGGUAUUGGAGGAAUUGGGUAAAGGCCGAUACGGAACCGUGAGGAGGAUAAUCGAAAAAUCGUCGGAUACGAAUUUCGCGGCGAAAUUCGUGAGAACGAUUAAAACGAAGGAUCGAGAGCAAGUUCGGGAAGAGAUCAGGAUCAUGAACAUGCUGCGGCAUCCGAAACUUCUCCUGCUGGCUGCCGCUUUCGAGAGCCCUCGAGAGAUCGUGAUGGUCACGGAAUAUAUUUCCGGUGGCGAACUUUUCGAGAGGGUGGUCGCCGAUGACUUCACCUUGACUGAAAGGGACAGCAUACUGUUCAUGAGACAAAUCUGCGAGGGUGUGGAGUACAUGCAUCAGAACAAAGUGGUGCACUUGGAUCUGAAGCCAGAAAACAUAAUGUGCAGGACACGAACGUCCCAUCAAAUCAAGCUGAUCGAUUUUGGCCUGGCGCAGACACUGAAACCCGACACGCCGAUCAGAGUUCUCUUCGGCACCCCGGAGUUCAUUCCGCCUGAAAUUAUAAAUUACGAGCCGAUAGGCACCGAGUCGGACAUGUGGAGCGUCGGUGUCAUCUGUUACGUCCUAUUAACCGGUUUGUCCCCGUUCAUGGGCGACAACGACGCCGAAACCUUCGCCAACAUCACUCGAGCCGACUACGACCUGGAGGAUGAGGCCUUCGAUGCGAUCUCGAACGACGCUAAGGACUUCAUCAGCGGUUUGCUUGUCAAGCGAAAGGAAUCGCGAAUGUCGGCUAGACAGUGUUUAGAGCACUCUUGGAUGGCGCAACACGCGGAAGCAAUGAGUAGGAUAGCCUUGCCGACUGAGAAGCUGAAAAAAUUCAUCGUGCGAAGAAAAUGGCAGAAAACGGGAAACGCCAUUCGUGCACUCGGAAGGAUGGCAAUCCUUUCGGCGAACAGCAGACGGGGUCCAACCACGAUAGAAUCCUCGCCAACCCCCACCUCUGCCGACCCCCCUCGAACGAUCGAUUUCGAGGGAUCGGCCGGCGACGGGUCGAGAUCGUCGUGCAACUCGACAGCGGAAGGGGGGGACGGCAGAGGCGUGCCGAAGAACGUGUACUCCUUCUGUUACAAAACCGAGAUGAGCAUCUUGCCCGAAGAAACCGUACACUCCUCUCUGGAAGGGAGGACGAGCAAGGACGCCGCCCCCUCGUUGAAAAACGAACCGAGGGAUCGCGACGACGGUGUAUCGUGUUCCCCGGGAAAAGAAUCCGGUGAAAUAAUCCGGGGGGGAACUGAUACUCUCGAGGAGAUGCAGAGCGUGGUCCAGACAGAAGAGUCUCGGUCAGAAGAAUCGGCGCGUUCUAUGGAGAGGAUCGAGGAGGAAACGGUGGCGCGGAUCGUGGAGGAGCGCGUAUCGCCGAUAAAGGAGGAGACGAUCUCAUCGAUCGAGAGGAAUUUGAUCGAUUUUGACGGCGACCCGACGACGAGAUCGUCGGCCAACGUCGAGGGGAUCGAUUUCUCGCGAAUGAGAUCGGCGGCGUGGAGCGUCGAGGAGGAGGGGGAGGAGGAGAAGGGGGACAUCGUGACGGAGAUCGAGAAGGAAUUGAAGGAGAAGAUGGAUCAGGAGGGGGGCACGCAGAAGCCUCGCCGGGUUUUCAGGGGCGACUCGCGCGACUCCGGGAUCGGUGACUGCGCCUCGAACUUGUCCACGUCCUCCCAACAGGUGAACGAGUUGGGUAUAUCGGCGAUCAAGGAGGAGGAGGCGGCUGACAACGAGAGUAACAACAACAAUAAUAAUAAUAAGGGCUUGUUGGAAAAGUUGGGACAGUUCGAGGAUCGCGGAACGUUGCUCGACGACGAUAUCGGGGAAAUAUCGGCGAACGUGGGAGGCAUAAAAGUUUCGGAUCCAAAGAGACAUACCAAAAAAGGGAGUAUCGAGGUAGCUACGCUGGGCGGUGUGAAUAAAGCUUCGCGUGAAAUUAAUCGGCAGCAUGAAGUGUCCAGCGAGAUUGAGGACCCGAGGUUAUUAAUCGGGAGAAUUCGUAGCAAAUUCGUCCCGACCGGAAACGUGAGUCGUACCGCGAAAUUAUUCGAGAAAGAGGCGGCGGCGGCGGCGGCGGCGACGACGGUGGCGACAUCCAAGUCAUCCGGCACAAACGUUCCACAAAUGUCGGAACGCGUUUAUCCCUCGAUCGCCACGGCAGCGAAGAAACCGAAUAACGAAAGGAUACAAAAGGCCUUCGCCUUUUGGAAUAAGUAGAUCGUGGAUUAAGAAAAAAAAAAAAAAGAAAGAAUCGAAAAUAUUCUUGGCGAAUAAAAAUAAUUCGGGAAUAUUGAAAAUCGUUCGACUGAAAGCUCUACGCGGUACCUUAUGACUUAUUACACUUGAAAGUGUAAUUUUCUAGUUUUUUUCUUAAGGGAAAUAUAGUAUAUACGUAAUAAA